UAUAAUGAAUAGCCCAAUAAAAGACUUGUCCGAUGGUUUUGGUGAUGUAAAAUUACAUAUAAGUCCUCCUAUAUAUACCGAAACCAAAACUUGGGAGAGAGUGAAACUGAAAAAGAGCUCAAAAAUGUUGGCUGGGUUCUUUUGCUUCGGACUACUAUGCUGAGCUCUCAACGGUCAAGAUGUCUCAUUUCCGACAUUUUCAUUCUCAAAAUCCCGUGCUUUCCCUGGAACCAAACAAGAUUCUUUAGCACCUUUUCUUCCCUCUUGAACCUCUGUACUAAACCCCAACAGCUCAAACAAAUCCACGCCCGAUUCAUUCUUCAUGGCCUACAACAGAACUCAACGUUGUCUUCAAAACUCAUUGACUGCUACGCCGAACUGGGCCUUCUUAAUCUCUCACAUCUAGUCUUUAAUUCUAUUACCGACCCAAGUUCAGUUUUUUACAAUGCGAUGUUGAGAAAUUUGGCCAAGUUUGGUGAUUUUGAUAAAACCAUUUUGUUUUACCAAGAAAUGGUUAGGGAAUCUAUGUACCUUGAUGAAGAAACUUACCCUUUUGUUUUGAGGUCUUGUAAUGGCUUUGGAGUUGGUUGGAAUUGGAAAAUGAUUCAUGGGCAUGUUGUGAAAUUGGGCUUUGAUUCAUUUGGUUUGGUGGUUUCUGGUUUGGAAGAACUUUAUGGACAAAGUGGCGAUUUGUUGAAUAAAACAGAAUUGGUUGAUGGAAACUCUGUUUCUAGAUUGGAUUUUUGGAAUUUUCAUAUCUCUGAGGCUUCUCAAAGUGGUAAUGGCGAGGAAAGUUUUCAUCAUUAUAAGAGAAUGAGAAUGGAAAAGAUAGAACCCAGUUCAGUUACUUUGAUUAACUUGUUGAGAUCAAGUGUUGAUUUGAAGUCGGUAAGGGUGGGAAAGAGUGUUCAUUGUUUGGUUUUAGUGAGCAACUUGGGAAUAGAUUUGUCUGUUAAUACUGCAUUAUUGUCUAUGUAUGCCAAAUUGGGUGCUUUGAAAGAUGCCAAACUGCUGUUCGAGAAAAUGCCUGAGAAAGAUUGUGUAGUUUGGAAUAUAUUGAUAUCAGCAAACUCUCGAAAUAGUUGCCCAAAAGAAGCCAUUAAAUUGCUAAGAGGCAUGGGAAGAUCUGGAAUUAGAGCUGAUUUAUUUACUGCACUACCUGUAAUUUCUUCAAUUACUCGAUUGAAAUCGAUUGAGUGGGGCAAACAAAUGCAUGCCCAUGUGAUCAGAAAUGGUUUAGACUACCAAGUACCAGUUCAUAAUUCUCUUAUUGACAUGUAUUGCGAAUGUGACAAGUUAAAUUCAGCAAGAAAGAUUUUUGAGUUAUUGGAAAACAAGACUUUGGUUUCAUGGAGUACAAUGAUUAAAGGAUGUGUUACUCAUGAUCAAUCUCUUGAUGCUCUUUCUCUCUUCUCCAACAUGAAACUUAAUGGAUUUAAAGCUGACUUCAUUACAAUCAUUAACAUCUUGCCAGCUUGUGUGAAUAUCGGGGCUCUAGAGAAUGUAAAGUACUUUCACGGGUACUCGAUGAAAUCUGGCCUUAGUUCGCUUUCUUCUCUUAAUACGGCUCUUCUUGUCAGCUAUGCAAAAUGUGGGUGCAUAGAGAUGGCUCAGAAGGUUUUUGAUGAAGAGAAAAUCAAUAAUAAGGAUGUGAUCACAUGGAACUCUAUGAUCAGUGCGUAUUCUAAGCAUGGAGACUGGCAACAAUGCUUUGAGUUGUACCAAAAUAUGAAGCAAUCAAAUAUGAAACCUGAUCAGGUUACCUUCUUAGGAUUACUAACAGCCUGCGUAAAUUCAGGUCUUGUUAAAGAAGGAAAAAAUACUUUCAAAGAGAUGAUGGAAUCAUAUGGUUGCCAACCGAAUCAGGAGCAUUAUGCUUGCAUGGUGGAUCUUUUAGGACGAGCUGGGCAUAUAAAUGAAGCCAAAGAACUUGUGAAAUCAAUGCCCUUCGAACCAGAUGCUCGGGUUUGGGGACCUCUGUUGAGUGCCUGCAAGAUGAAGCAUUCUGAGACUGAUCUUGCUGAGUUUGCUGCUGAGAAGCUUAUAACCAUGGAGCCAAAGAAUGCUGGAAACUACAUAUUACUCUCCAACAUAUAUGCUGCCGCAGGAAAAUGGGAUGGUGUUGCUAAAAUGAGAAGUGUUCUUAGAGAUAAAGGAUUGAAGAAAACCCCGGGCUGUAGCUGGCUAGAGAUCAAUGGAAAAGUGCAUGAGUUCCGGGUGGCUGAUCGAUCUCAUCCAAGAUCAGAAGACAUAUAUACUAUAUUAAGAAACUUGGAGCUGGAAUUCAAGGAUGCCAAAGACAACAAUUCAGAGAAUAGGCUCUGAAUGCUGAUGUUGUUUGCUGCAGGAAAGUUUCUCCAAUCUUUAACAAGAAGAGCCCAAAUCAAAAGAAAACCCUUAAAUCAGGCUUCCUUUGUUUCCCAAAUAAGACUAGGAACUUCAUUUCAGGGGACAUUCUUAGAUAUGGUUAACGGGUACUUCUGGUACUCUUCUUCACUUACACUGUGAUGAGUUCAGAGCUAGUUUUGGCUAGUUACAAGUGCAACAGAUAUAUCACUAAAUUAUAGGGAUGUAAACAUUUAAUUAAACAAUUAAGAGGGCACUAAAGUAGUAGUAUAAUCCCAUUUUUAUGGGGACCUAGCAUUUGGAGUA